AUGUUCACGAUCCCGUCAAUCUUCCCUAACGUUACCAGAAUCAGAUUCAGCAGCGGAGCUGAGAUAAUAUACACCACGAAUAGUUGGGCAGAAAAACUGGAGAACUUCUUUCAUUUGGCAAUUUGCCUAGCUGUCCUCAAACUAGUCAGUAUGGCUCUAUUUGCUGCAAAGCGAAGAUCCGAACGAAAACUACAAGAGGAGAAUGCCAGAAUAACACGAAUGGUGUUAUUGAUUCAGACAGAGAUGAGAGAUAGAAGACAGGCAGGAGUCAAGAUUGAAGGACAAAGCUUGUUAGACCGGAAGCGACAGAAAGAAUUGUGGAGAACUGUUAUUGUCGAGGAGAGAGUUAAGCUGAUUUCGAAUAAUGAUCUGAAGAGAAGAAGCCGUGCCUUCUUCCCUGACUAUUGA